GUUGGGGGUAGGAGAAGUUGAAGGAAAUGCUGUCUCCCUCACUCGCACUCUCCUGCGUUCCCAAACCGCCAAAAUCCUUUUCACCUUUCCAUUUCUCUGAUUUUAAUUUUAUCAACAAGUCGAGUUUCAGCAAGUCUUCGCCAACGGUUCUGCUUCGUUGUUCUAAGGCACGGCACAAUGCAUGUCAUUUUAGAGGAGAUUUGAAGAUUGAUAGACAUAACAAGUGAUGUUCUUUCAUUACAUUUGUUAGGGUUUGAUUUGGUUUUUCUGUAAUUGUUGUUAAGAAGAAUCCAAAAGUGGUUUAAUUGGGGUGUGGAAUGUUUGUCCAAUAGUACUUGCUCCUUUUAACUAGGGGUGGACGUGGUUUGAAUUUCAUGAAAAACUAAACCAAACUAAAUUGAAACUAGUAAUAUAAUUUGGUUUGGAACCAAACUGUUUCAUUUUUCUAUAAAAUCGGUUUAAUUUUCAUUAACCAAUUUUGAACCGGUUUCAAAAUGGUUUUUGUAUAAUAGAACAAGUUCCACUUGUUUGGAAACCUGAUAAAAUCAUGUUGAAUGAUAUUUUAAUGUGAAAACUAUAACUUGUAGUGUUGAAAUGGAUUCAUGUUUGAGUAGAUUUGAUGCAAAACCAAACAUGCCAUUUGUCUGCUGACUUGCUUUCCCAAUCAGCACCAUACGUACUGAACACAAACCUGUUAAUGACAUCCAUGGUGAACUCCACAGAGGAGAUAUCAUGAUCCAUUUCUUUUUUCUCUUAAGUUUGUCCAUCUCUCUCUCUCUCUAGAAUUUUUUAUCAUCCAUUCUUCCUCACAGAUUAGCUGUUUUGUGAAUUUCUUAUUCUUUGAAAUGCAAUCCAAUGGUUCAUUGUGUGCACAGCACAACGAACAUUUUGACACACCACUCAUGUCGUUUGGACCUUCCCCACUUAUGUCCACUCUUGGCAACAGCUGUACGGAGUGAUCCUGUUUCUUCUCACUGUCAGAUAAUUUGGAUUUUAAACUGAAUUUUACGGUUUAGGAACCAGGCUAUAUUUUGAAGGGAAAACCAGCUUGGUUUAAUAACUGGAUCCAGUGAUUUGGCUUGGUUUCGGGGUGUGGUUUGAUUAAACUAGUUGUUUGGAACACCCCUGAUUUCAACCUUCUUUAUCCAGAGCAAGAGCUUCACUGCAUUGGAUUAUACCAGGAAGUAAUCUUUAACAUCUCUGGCAGGAAAGGCAAGAUGAGAGAAUGACCACUGUAUCAAUUAAAAACAAUGAUGUUUUAAGCAGCAACUCACCAGUGCUUCAGCAAAAUGGCCUACCUCCUCUAGUCAGUGCAUUGAAAGCCUCGGCUGAACAAAAAACUGCCAGUUUUCACUUUCCUGGGCAUAAUAGAGGGCAUGCUGCACCUGCUUCAUUGACCCGGCUUAUCGGAACUAGACCAUUUAUUCAUGACUUGCCUGAGCUUCCUGAACUUGACAACCUCUUUUGUCCCCAGGGUCCCAUAUUAGAAGCACAAAAAGAAGCAGCCAAACUGUUUGGGUCGUCACAGACGUGGUUUCUUGUUGGAGGUACUACUUGUGGGAUACAGGCAGCAAUAAUGGCAACCUGUUCUCCGGGAGAAUACCUGAUUCUUCCAAGGAAUUGUCAUAUUUCAGCUAUAUCUGCUAUUGUAUUAUCUGGUGUGGUGCCGAAGUACAUUAUUCCUGACUACGAGACUGAUUGGGACAUUAUUGGUGGUGUCACUCCAUUACAGGUAUUGAAAGCCAUACAGGAACUAGAAAUGGAAGAGAAAAAAGCAGCAGCAGUCUUCAUCACUUCUCCUACAUAUCAUGGUAUUUGCAGUAACUUGAGCGAGAUUUCUGAGCUGUGUCAUUCUCGUAAAAUUCCUUUAAUCGUUGAUGAAGCUCAUGGUGCACACUUAGGCUUUCAUUCUGAACUGCCUAACUCAGCCCUCCAGCAAGGGGCUGAUCUGACUGUACAGUCCACUCACAAGGUUCUAUGCUCUCUUACUCAGUCAUCAAUGCUGCACAUGUCAGGUAAUAUUGUAGAUAUGGAAAAAAUUUCUAGAUGUCUUCAAACUCUUCAAACAACAAGCCCUAGUUAUCUGCUUCUGGCAUCUCUGGAUGCUGCCAGAGCUCAACUUAGUGAAAGCCCUGAUAUUGUAUUCAAUCAAGCAAUCGCAUUAGCCCAUGAAACGAAGUGCAUGCUUAAACAGAUCCCUGGAAUCUCAGUGCUCGAGAAUUCAAGCUUUCCAACCUUUCCUGCAGUUGAUCCAUUACGUCUCACUGUAGGUUUUUGGAAGCUGGGUUUGUCAGGUUAUGAAGCAGAUGAAAUCUUAUACAUGGAUUAUGGAGUUGUCUGUGAACUUGUUGGGAAUAAAUCUAUCACUUAUGCACUUAAUCUUGGAACAUGUAGGGACCAUGUCCAAAUGCUUUUAUUGGGAAUAAAGCAUCUAGCUGCAACUUAUGCUUGCAAUCUGCAACCUGAAGAGAAAGUGCUUAGUUGUCAUGCACCCUUUGAUGAUAUAAUCAUGAAUUUGAUACCUAGAGAUGCCUUUUUUGCUUGUAAAAGAAAAGUAGCAAUAAAGGAGAGCCUCGGGGAGGUUGCAGGGGAGCUUAUAUGUCCAUACCCUCCGGGCAUACCAAUAUUGAUCCCCGGUGAGAUUAUUACCAAAAAAGCUAUUGAUUAUCUGCUCCACGUUAGGAGUAAAGGUGCUGACAUUAGUGGAGCAUCUGAUCCCUCACUUUCUUCUAUAGUUGUUUGCAAUGUAUAGUAAAUCAGCUGGGCAGAAACACAUUGAAGUUAAAACCUCCCAAGUGGCCUUUUUUGGUCAUUGCGUCACACCAAAUGGUUAUUAUAACAGUUGAUAAAGAUCUACAAAGUUGAAGAAAUUUUGAAGUUGUUAGCAACUACUAAUGGCUUUAAAGUUGGUAACUUUUCUUUCAUUUUAAUGGAUAAAAGUGAAAGAGUAGUAUUUAAUUUUUGUCUCUUUAAAAUGCUACUGGAUUUCGAGGCAUUUUUUUGGGUCAAGAUUCCGAGACUUCAGAUGCAGUUCAGAAUCAACUGGAGUGAAAUGUCAGAGUCAUGACACUCGGCUAUUAAACGUUAAGCCUUAAGGAAGGACCGAAAUUAUGGCUAGAAGCAAACCAGCAACCACCUGAAGGCUGCCAUAAAUAUACAGAAAAUGAUAACUAAUUGGAUUUUAAGUUUAUAUUUAAUGGAUAGGCUUGCAGAAUAAUUAAGAGAUGAUUUCUAUAUGCCAUUGACAUUACGGCGACAAGAAAAGUCAAAUCAUGAGUAGUCAAUGCCGGAUACCAGCAAUCACGCUAACAUAACGGUCUAAUGUAUAUAUGUUCAGCCUGUCUCACUAAUUGUUUAUGUUUUCAAUUUUCAAGAUUAGCUAAGUCGUCUGUAAUAUGUAGGUCAACAUGUUGAUUCGUGUAAAUUUCAAUUUCCCGUUCUCAAGAAAUUUCAAAUAGAUGAUGAUGCCAGAAAUAUAUGAUACAAUUUCAGUG